AGACCUACAACAAAUAUUGAAGCCCAGGGAUAGGACCAGGCCCAGACCCAAGUUCUCCUGGGGUCCAUUGGUGUGAAGUCCAGGUCCAGAUUGGAGAGCCCAGCCCAGUCAGUGCCACCGCCCCCAUGCAAAGGGCCAAAAGCGUCAAAGCAAUCGAAGACAAAGUACACGGAACUGGGCACCCCUUUCACGGUGACCGAAGGCCCCAGGACCCCAAAACGGCGUCGCGGCACCACUUUCCACCCCUCGAACGACGCCGUUGCAAAGCAUUUCCGCGACCCCCGUCACCGCUGAUUCUCUCUGUAAUGCGCACAAAGCCAAUCCGGUCUCAGCUGACUCUUAUCUUUCUCUCUCCUCCCUUUCUCUCUCUCUCUAAAAGGAAGAGAGAGAUGUCCCCAAAACCCUAACAUGCAAAUCCAUAAUUGCCCUUGCUCCUCUCUUCACAAUCCAAUAUAAGGCGUAGUUCCCAAGUUUUCCGAGAAUCCAAACACCAUCAGAGCAAGAAAAUCUCAGUAAAAAAGAGAGCUGUCGAAGGAGAGGUUGUAGACGACAACUCAGGAGCUUCGCUCAAGAAGCAUCGGAUCGGUUGCGUGAUCUCUUCGCCCACCAAGGAAGCCGUCACCACGGGGAACAGCAACAGCGACAACAACAGCAGCAGUGAAAUCAACGAGAGGAUCGUCGGUAACAGUAACACUAAUCACAGCGGCAGUAGCGUAGUUGAACCGCCACCCACGAUGGCCUUGGACGACGGUAAUCCGCAGGACAUUGACGAGGAUCUGCACAGCCGCCAGCUCGCUGUGUACGGCCGUGAGACGAUGCGACGGCUCUUUGCCUCCAACGUCCUCAUCUCGGGGAUGCAGGGACUUGGUGCUGAAAUCGCAAAGAAUCUUGUUCUUGCUGGUGUCAAAUCUGUGACCCUGCAUGAUGAGGGUUCGGUUGAAUUGUGGGACCUGUCCAGCAAUUUCAUUUUUUCUGAAAAUGAUAUUGGGAAGAACAGGGCACUUGCUUCUGUUCAGAAGCUGCAAGAACUCAACAAUGCUGUGGUCAUUUCUACCUUAACAACAAAGUUAACGAUAGAACAACUUUCUGAUUUUCAGGCUGUUGUGUUUACUGACAUCAGUUUUGAGAAGGCCAUUGAGUUCAAUGAUUAUUGCCGUAGUCACAAGCCUCCUAUCUCUUUCAUCAAGGCUGAAGUUAGAGGUCUUUUUGGUAGUAUAUUUUGUGAUUUCGGUCCUCAGUUUACUGUUUUUGAUGUUGAUGGAGAGGAACCGCACACGGGUAUAAUUGCAUCUAUCAGCAAUGACAAUCCUGCACUAGUGUCAUGUGUUGAUGAUGAAAGGCUCGAGUUUCAGGAUGGGGAUCUUGUUGUGUUUUCUGAAGUUCAUGGAAUGACAGAAUUAAAUGAUGGAAAACCAAGAAAGAUUAAAAGUGCAAGGCCUUACUCGUUCACCCUUGAGGAGGACACUACAAAUUUUGGUACCUACAUUAAAGGGGGAAUUGUCACACAGGUGAAACAGCCCAAGGUUUUGAACUUUAAGCCAUUGAAAGAAGCACUCAGUGAUCCUGGAGAUUUUCUUCUGAGUGAUUUCUCUAAAUUUGAUCGUCCACCUCUCUUACACUUGGCAUUCCAAGCGCUGGAUAAGUUUGUAUCUGAGGUGGGACACUUUCCUGUUGGUGGUUCAGAAGAGGAUGCUCAGAAGCUGAUAUCUAUUGCCAGUGACAUCAAUGAGAGCUUGGGAGAUGGUAGACUGGAAGAUAUUAACCCAAAGCUUUUGCGGCACUUUGCAUUUGGUUCCAGAGCAGUAUUGAACCCCAUGGCUGCAAUGUUUGGUGGUAUUGUUGGACAGGAGGUUGUGAAGGCAUGCUCUGGAAAGUUUCACCCUCUUUAUCAGUUCUUCUACUUUGACUCUGUUGAGUCACUCCCUACUGAGCCAUUGGAUUCCAGUGAUUUCAGACCAUUGAAUAGCCGUUAUGAUGCCCAAAUUUCCGUGUUUGGUUCCAAGCUCCAGAAGAAACUGGAGGAUGCUAAAGUGUUCAUUGUAGGAUCUGGUGCACUAGGCUGUGAAUUCUUGAAGAAUGUUGCUCUAAUGGGGGUUUCAUGUGGCAACAAUGGGAAGCUAACAAUUACUGACGAUGAUGUCAUUGAGAAGAGUAACCUAAGUAGGCAGUUCCUUUUCCGUGAUUGGAACAUUGGGCAAGCCAAGUCCACUGUUGCUGCUUCUGUUGCUGCAUCAAUGAAUACUCAUCUCAAUAUUGAAGCCUUGCAGAACCGUGUGGGUCCUGAGACUGAGAAUGUAUUUGAUGAUGCAUUCUGGGAGAAUUUGAGCAUUGUCAUCAAUGCAUUAGACAAUGUCAAUGCCCGGCUAUAUGUUGAUCAAAGGUGCUUAUAUUUCCAGAAACCACUCCUUGAGUCAGGGACCCUCGGUGCCAAAUGCAACACUCAGAUGGUUAUACCCCACCUCACAGAAAACUAUGGUGCCUCAAGAGAUCCACCAGAGAAGCAAGCGCCCAUGUGCACAGUGCAUUCAUUCCCACACAACAUUGAUCAUUGCUUGACAUGGGCUCGAUCUGAGUUUGAGGGUUUGCUUGAGAAAACACCAGCUGAAGUUAAUGCAUUUCUGUCCAAUCCUAGUGAAUAUGCAUCUGCAAUGAGGAAUGCUGGAGAUGCCCAGGCAAGGGAUAACUUGGAACGUGUGCUCGAGUGCCUGGACAGGGAAAGAUGUGAAACAUUCCAGGACUGCAUCACAUGGGCCCGCCUAAAGUUUGAAGAUUAUUUUGCUAAUCGCGUGAAGCAGUUAAUUUUUACUUUUCCUGAAGAUGCUGCAACCAGUACUGGGGCUCCAUUUUGGUCGGCCCCCAAGCGAUUUCCUCAUUCACUGCAGUUCUCAGCAGCUGAUCUAGGUCACCUCCAUUUUGUCAUGGCAGCAUCCAUACUGCGGGCAGAGACAUUUGGCAUCCCAGUGCCGGAUUGGGCCAAGCAUCCCAAGAAAUUGGCUGAAGCUGUUGAAAAAGUGAUGGUACCAGAAUUUCAGCCAAAGAAAGGUGUGAAAAUUGUGACAGAUGAGAAAGCUACUAGCCUCUCUACCGCAUCUGUAGAUGAUGCUGCAGUCAUUAAUGACCUAAUUAGCAAGAUAGAGCUGUCCCGGUCGAGUCUGACUCCAGGGUUCAGAAUGAAACCAAUUCAGUUUGAGAAGGACGAUGAUACAAACUUCCACAUGGACCUAAUAGCAGGGUUUGCCAACAUGAGGGCGAGGAACUACAGCAUUCCGGAGGUCGACAAACUGAAAGCCAAGUUUAUAGCUGGGCGGAUCAUUCCGGCAAUUGCAACCUCCACGGCAAUGGCUACUGGCCUCGUGUGCCUGGAACUGUACAAGGUUCUAGAUGGAGGGCACAAGCUCGAGGACUACCGGAACACUUUUGCCAACCUCGCACUCCCUCUCUUUUCUAUGGCCGAGCCAGUCCCACCAAAGGUCUUCAAGCACCGAGACAUGAGCUGGACCGUUUGGGACAGGUGGAUUCUCAAAGACAACCCUACUCUGAGGGAACUCAUCCAGUGGCUCAAGGACAAGGGGCUAAACGCAUAUAGCAUCUCAUGUGGAAGUUGCCUGCUUUACAAUAGUAUGUUCCCCCGGCACCGAGAGAGGAUGGAUAGAAAGGUCGUGGAUCUGGCGAGGGAUGUGGCCAAGGUGGAAUUGCCACCAUAUCGUCGGCACUUGGAUGUUGUAGUGGCAUGUGAGGAUGAUGAAGAUAAUGAUAUUGACAUCCCACUGGUAUCCAUUUAUUUCCGCUAGGUUAGGUUGUUUCUCUCAAAAUACUACCAAGUGUUUGAGAGUGAGCAAUUUUAAAUUAGGAUGAGAACUAUUUGUUCACAUUAGUUUUCAAAUCCUGCCGUUUGGUUGGUAAUGCGUACUACACAAAAUGGAUAUUCUGCACAAGUACUAAUAUUUCAUAUAUGAAUCUUUUAUGACUUACGCCC